AUGAGUCUCCAUCUUCAGGAGCCACCUACAUCGACCGCCACCUUCCAAACCACAGCUGAAUGGAGCUAUGAGACGGACAGACUCUGCACUGUGUGUCCGCGGCCCUCGGUGGUUCCCGAGGGCCGCGACUCCAGCAGGCAGGGCUGUGAACAGGGGCCCAGUACGGAGGCCGGAGCCGCUCGCUCACAAUCACAGAGAGCUUUAGAGAAACAGGCCGGCUCUGCCAAAGCUUAG